GGAGCUCGAUUAGCAGGAGGAAGAAGCCUCUAGGGUUUACGAGAAAAGCACUACCAGGUACUCUCUCUCUCUCUCUCUUCCCCCGGUGAACGUAACAGAGCUGUAGACCUAGCCUCGUAAACUACAUUUACUCCGUUUUACUGUCUCAAGCCCCACCGGGCUUUUUGGGCCCAAAAAAAAAUUAGGUAUAUAUUUUGGACUAGUCCUCUCCGGCUCUCCUUUCAACCCCACCGCUGAACUCGCGAACUCGAUUGGAGACUUGGAGCUCUCCCGACUCGGCAACCUGCAAGAGUGCAAGGCUAGAACCAGCAACCCGUCUCCGCGGCUCCGCCUCCAGGAUUGGAACUCAGUAGAAAAAAAGUGUUUUCCAUUCAAGCACCAAACAGAAUCAAUGAUGCAGUUUGCUCCAAGUGAGGGUGAAAAUGCUUUGUCUGUAGUUGGUCCCAGGCCAAUGGAUUUGUCUACAUAUAAUGUUCGCCCUGGAUCUGGGCCUAAUGGAAAACAAAGGACUUCAAGUUUGGAGGCACCAAUCAUGCUGCUGACUGGUCAUCAAAGUGCUAUAUACACAAUGAAAUUUAACCCUGCCGGAACAGUCAUAGCAUCGGGGUCUCAUGACAAGGAAAUUUUCUUAUGGAAUGUUCAUGGGGAAUGCAAAAACUUCAUGGUUUUAAAGGGGCAUAAGAAUGCUGUGUUGGAUCUUCACUGGACAACUGAUGGGUCUCAGAUAGUAUCAGCCAGUCCAGACAAAACUGUGGGGGCAUGGGAUGUUGAGACGGGAAAAAGAAUUAAAAAGAUGGCAGAACACUCUUCAUUUGUGAAUUCUUGUCAUCCUGCUCGGAGAGGACCACCUCUUGUUGUCAGUGGAUCUGAUGAUGGAACUGCCAAACUAUGGGAUAUGCGUGUGAGGGGUGCCAUCCAAACAUAUCCUGAUAAAUACCAAAUCACAGCAGUCAGCUUCUCGGAUGCAUCAGAUAAAAUCUUUACAGGAGGUAUUGAUAAUGAUAUUAAGGUUUGGGACUUGCGCAAGGCUGAAGUACUGAUGACACUUCAAGGACAUCAAGAUAUGAUAACAGGUAUGUCAUUGAGUCCUGAUGGCUCUUAUCUUCUGACUAAUGGAAUGGACUGCAAACUCUGCAUUUGGGAUAUGCGCCCGUAUGCACCACAAAAUCGUUGUGUAAAGAUAAUGGAAGGGCACCAGCACAACUUUGAAAAGAACUUGUUGAAAUGUAGCUGGUCACCUGAUGGAAGCAAGGUCACGGCCGGCAGUUCUGAUAGGAUGGUCUACAUAUGGGAUACUACUUCUCGACGCAUCUUGUUUAUGCUGCCGGGCCACACUGGAUCUGUCAAUGAGUCUGUCUUCCACCCCAAUGAGCCCAUUAUUGGAUCUUGCAGUAGUGAUAAGCAGAUAUAUCUGGGGGAAAUCUGAGUUGUACUGAAAUGUAACAGUUUCAUCUUCUAAUUUGUUGUGUACGGUGACUUCUAACAGUUGUUGAUUUUGGAAGGGUUGUAUCUUGCAUUAGUUUUCCAAAUUGAACUUUUGAGAUAUUCAUAGUGUAUAACCUCCGUUUAGAUGUUCUACCAUUA